GUCGAGGGAGAGUCAAAGCGGGGAGUCUUUCCGCUCUCCAUCUUUCUCCAUCUUUCACUUUCUCCCCUUCUCUCUUCCUUAUCGCCCUCGCUUUCUAUCCAUUUAAUCCGCCUCCCACAGUCCAAUAGAUCCCUCUCUCGUCUCCUCUUCUAUCGCUCUCGCAUGCCCCCUUUCGUCCCCCGCAAGCGUGUCUCCUCCGAGGAUCCGCCCAGUGCCAAACGCCAAAAUGCGACGCCCAAUGUCGAGAUCGGCCUGCUCGAUGACGACAGCUCCGACUCGUCUCUGAGUGAUGCUCCAAGCGACACUCCGAAACCUCCGCAACCCGAAAAUGAUGAAUCAGAAGACGAAUCCGACGACGAGGAAGUCGAUUGGGAAGAUGCCAUCGAUUCCAACCCUACCGCCACCCCGGCAGCUUUGAAUACUCCCGCCCACUUCCAAGACCUCGAGUUAACCCUGGAUAAAAACGACGUCCACCUGCCCGGCAUUGUAGAGGGGAAUAAAGGACCUUCGAAGAUUGAGCGCCAGAUUCGUAUCCAAACCCAUCGUCUCCAUGUCCAGUUCCUCUUAUACCACAAUGCCCUGCGCAAUGCCUGGGCGAACGACUCCGACGUGCACGAGAUUCUGCGUCGCAAGCUGCCCCCGGCGCUUCACAAGGAGGUCAAAAAGUGGCGUGUCGCGUCCGGUCUGGAGCUCCCGGAGAAACCGCCCGAAGACAAGUCCAAAAAGAAGAAGAAGAAGGGAAAGCAACGGCAGGAGUCGGAGCGCGACUGGGGGGAGGGAUCUACGCGGUUGGAGCCAGGACAGCCGGAUAUGAGUCGCGGUGACCCCGUCAUCUCUCUGCUCAAGGUGCUGGCCGCCUACUGGAAGAAGCAGUUCAAGAUCACCUCCCCGGGAUUACGAAAACAUGGCUAUCAACCCAUGUCCCAUCUCCAAGCGCAGAUCUCUUCCCUGCAAAACGAUGAUCACGACGCGGAGAGACAUGGGGAGCGGGUUCAGGAUGUCGCGGAGUUUCGACAGGCGGCUGAACAGAUGGAAGGAUCGCGAGAUCUCGGAGCUCAGCUGUUUACCGCUCUGCUGCGUGCCCUGGACAUCGAGGCGCGGCUUGUCGCCAGUCUGCAGCCUCUGGGGUUUGGAUGGACCAAAUCGGAGACAUACACCUCAAAGCCCAAAGCAGAAACAGCUCCAACGACAGAGACCGAGGAAACCGAGGCUGCAGCGGAAUCCGAAUCCGACAGUGACUUGAAGCCGACACCAUCCCGUAAUAGCACCAAUCCUAAAGGAUACGACCAAGAUCUACCCUUCCCCAUCUAUUGGACGGAGGUGGCCUCGCCCGUGACGCACGAGAUCAUUGCGGUCGACCCUCUCGUGCUCCAAAACGCCGUGGCUUCGAGCCCGGAGUUGCAGGCGGGUUUUGAGCCUCGCGGCGCCAAAGCCGAGAAAGCAAAGCAGGUCAUCUGCUACGUGGUAGCUUACUCGUCCGACAAGACGGCCAAGGACGUCACCACGCGGUAUCUGCGUCGCCGCACCUGGCCCGGGAAAACGAAGGGAUACCGUUUUCCCGUGGAGAAGAUCCCCAUACACGGCCGAAAAGGGAAGUACUACGAGUACGACUGGUUCCGCCUGACUUUGCGCAUCUACGAGCGGGCUCCCAACAAACGAACUGCGGUCGACGAUAUCGAGGAUGCAAAAGACCUCGCUCCCAAUCAGCCGGAGAAGAAACCCGCCAAAGAAGGGGACACUCUCCAGAGCCUGCGCGCAUCCACCGAAUUCGUCCUCGAGCGAUUUCUCCGCCGCGAGGAGGCCUUAAAACCUGGCGCCCAGCGCGUCCGGACGUUCACCACGGGGCGUGGCGCCAAAGCCAAAGAAGAGGAUGUCUACCGACGGAAAGACGUUGUCAAAUGCCUUUCGGCAGAAAGCUGGCACAAAGAAGGUCGACAGGUCAAGAAAGGCGAGAUUCCACUGAAACGCGUCCCCAUCCGAGCCGUCACCCUCCUCCGCAAACGCGAGGUCGAUGAACUCGAGCGUGAGACCGGCGAAAAGCCUAAGCAGGGCCUCUACGCCAAAUACCAAACCGAAUACAUCAUCCCGCCCCCCAUCCGGGACGGCGUCAUCCCCAAGAACGACUACGGCAACAUCGACUGCUUCGUGCCCAGCAUGGUCCCGCGCGGUGCUGCACACAUCCCCUGGCCGGGAACCGUGCGUCUGUGCAAGAAACUAGGCAUCGAUUACGCCGAGGCCGUAACAGGCUUCGAGUUCGGUUCUAAGAUGGCCGUCCCCGUCAUCGAGGGCGUCGUGGUAGCUGUUGAGAAUGAGGACCUCCUCAAGGACGCCUGGCGUGCCGACGCCGCCGAGAAACGAGAAAAGGAGCGUCGAAAAGCGGAGGCCCGAAUCCUGCAAACCUGGCGCAAGUUUCUCUUCGGUCUGCGCAUCGCCGAACGCGUUCGGGAAGAAUACGGGCAGUCAUCUCGAGAAUACGAGAAGGACGACUACAAUCCAUUUACAAGACGACAAGCCGAACGGCCCCCUCCCUCUCCGACCAGAGACUUUGAUACACACCCGCAAGAAGAGGCCGAUGACGAUCCCGCUGAUCGGGGCGGUGGCUUCCUCCUACCAGGCGAGGACGAUGGAGACGACGGCGGUCUAAUUGUUGAAAAGCACCACGAGCAUCCGAAAUCCAACCCGCCUGUCGAUGAGCCAGAUCCUGUUCCGGGAGAUAUGGAUGUAGACGAGGAUGACGACAACGAGGGUGGAUUCGAAAGGGUCGAGAUCCCAGACAGCGAUACUUCCUCCGUCGAAGAGCUCUCUCCUCCGCCACAAUCACCUUCGGACGAUAAUCUCGACUCCGAUCCGGAGGUCCAGUUCACCGGGUCAAGAACCAGACGGGCACAGAAGCAGGCGCCGGAACCGCCUUCUACUCGCCGACGCACUCGAAAUAUGACGCGGCGGUAAUCAAUAGCGUGGUUUUCUGUAUCAUAUUCAUUUAAUAUGGUUUUUUCUUGACUCUUCCGUGUUUACGAUAGCUGGCAUUUGUUCUAUCAACUCAUGAUUCCCAUCUUGCCCACGAGCUUAUCGCACCGUCCCUUCGGGCGCCUUGGUCAACA